GUCACUCUCACGAAAUACACGAAAACGCCAAGCCCGAUAAAACCCCGAAAAAAAUCUUAUCGACUUCCUGUUGGUGAAUCCUGUUCUUUUAGUGUGACUCGGUAACAACAAAUUUUGCAAAAAUACGAAGGAACGUAACUACCAGCACCCACUCGGCAACCAACUCGGCAGUGACUGUUUAAUGAAGUUGGUAAGAACCGACAUUUAGAUCAAAAACGUUUCACUGUUUGUCCUGCAGAUGGCGCCGAUUUAGUAAAAGACUAUUUUAUCUACGAUAUUUCCUAAAGUUACUUUUUUCCUUUUUUGUAUAAUCUGAAAACUUGCUUGAAUGUCAUCCUUGAUUUUGUAAUCUGAAGAAUAGAGGAACAACGUUUGCCCCUAACGCAUAAGGACCCAUACUCAGACAGCAGGAGCUGUGGAUCUUUUAACUCCGGGGUUUUAUUAAAGACAUUUUUUUUUUUUUUUGGAGCUAAACAAGUGAAUCUGCUAUUAGCACAAGAUGGUGUCUACAAGACAUAGGUCUCCGCAGCUGAUUGUUUUUGCUGUUGUCUUCCUUGGUACCCUUCACAAUUGGAUCGUUGGCGCUGAACUCACUUUUACUUUGCCUCACAUUAUAGACGAUUUUGAAAAGACUACAGAUCGCUCAAUGGAGGAAUUUCCUGUUCAACAUUCUACAUAUUCAACUCCAUAUAAAGAAGGUCCUGAACAUAAAUCUUUAUUUUUGGAUGCAAUAGAUGAUCAUCCUUCACCGGAGACAUCCAUAUCUAAUCCAGCCACCCGUGUCCAACGGAUAAACACGAUAUACUCUAGUGAUCUUUUUUCUAUUCAGGAUCGGAUACAGGGAUGGGUGGCCCUGCAUAUUUUUGGGAUGAUCUACGUUUUUGUGGCACUUUUAAUUGUGUGUGAUCAAUUCUUUGUUCCUUCGCUGGGGGUCAUCAUGGAAAAGCUGGCCAUCUCAGAUGAUGUUGUUGGGGCCUCCUUCAUGGCUACAGGAACAGCCGUCCCAUGGUUCAUUACCAAGCUAAUCCAAGUCCUCUACUAUCACGACAGUUUAACUGUGAACAUUAACCCAACUAUUGGCUCUACAGCUUUCAAAAUGUUGUUUGUGGUUGGAACAUGUGCUAUGUUUUCUGCAAAGGUUCUCCCUCUACGUUGCUGGUCAUUUUUCAGAGACUUAUCAUUCUACAUGCUUGGCUUCAUCCAACUGAUCAUUUUCUUGUUGGAUGGUGUUGUCACAUGGUGUGAAAGUGCGAUUCUGGUAACCUUUUUUAUACUCUACAUCACCUUUUUGAUAUAUGAUGAGAAUAUGGAACAAAUAAUGAAGACCCAACUCCAGAAUAUCAAAGGGGUGAUGAAAGCUUCUUUUGUGAAGAAAUGCAAAAAGGUGCUCCCUGUAGAGCCCCAGGUGUGUAUACCUGAAGGUGAGAAUGAUGCACAAGACCCUGGAGAAUGUGAUGAAGAAUAUGGCAAUGAAAACAAUGGCGGAUGCAACGAAAAGAAGUUUGUUGAGAGCAAAUUGCUACAAGGAGCUACAUCUCUGUCUUUACGAUGGCCUGACAAAUGGCAGGAACGAGCCGCCUACAUCAUCCUGUUGCCAAUCAUCCUUCCUCUGUGGCUCACACUUCCCAAUGUUCAUAGUCAGAAAGCCAGAAAAUUCUUUGUGCUGACCUACCUCGCUUCCAUUGUAUGGAUUGGGAUCUUGUACUACCUUGAGAGGUGGUGGGCUCAUCAGGUGGAUGAGACAUUUGGUCUGAUGGGUCCUAUGACAUUCAUGGGAGCACUGCUGUCCAGCUCUGAUUUCAUAAGUAGUCUAAUAGUGGCUCGUAAAGGCCUGGGAGACAUGGUUGUGUCCAGUAAUUUGGGCAGUAACAUCCUUACUAUGACUUUAUUUCUGCCAGUGGAAUGGUUCGUCUUCUCAGCCAUCCACGGUUUCUCCCCUGUGGGUAUCUCGAAUGAAGGCCUCUUCUGUGUCAGUAUCCUCCUCUUCGUCGUGCUCCUCGCUGCUGUCAUCUCCAUUAUAUCAUUUAAGUGGAAGAUGAAGAAACUGCUUGGCCUCACCUUGGUCCUUCUCUACCUUAUUUUUGUGGUCAUUAGCAUAUUGAUGAUGUUUCAAAUCAUUAUGUGCCCUGUGUAAAAAAAAAAACCCUUGAAAUAUG